AUGACUAAAACCGUAUCAGAAUACAAAUACGAACAGACCAUUCCACUUCACGGUUCAGACAUCACGUCUACCUUUACUUCCAUACCUUCAUCCUCGGUAUCAACCAUGGGACCAAAGUCUAGAGUGGCCGUGGCAGGAAAGAUCGAGGUUGAAAAUCUCCCCGAUCCAGAUGAAUUCCCGGGUGUCAAAUUCAUCUUAGAUACUCUCAACCCACCUCGACUUGUUAGCCGCCAUUCCCACGGUCUCAAUCCCAGUCCGAUCUGUCGUGGGCGACUGAGGUAUUUCGAGAGGGAUGAACGUCACAAAUGGUGGUUCACAAGAUGGUUUCACCCUGCUCCGUACUGGCUCACGUUCUUCUGGUAUCGCUCAACAGCCGGAACGAGGGUAUCUUGUACAAGGGAAGAACUUUGUUUCGCAUGGCAAAUUGCCGAUCCGAUUAUCAAAGCUCGAUUUGAGAGCACGAUUGAGAAUCUCGCAGUGGUAGCCAAGAAAUGGCUCUCGCUUUUCCAAGAGAUCGACUGGGCGAUGGGAAUUCUAUAUAAAAUCCAGCUCCAUCGGACCAUUCCUUUGUUCUGGAAAUGUCACCCUGAAGAACACAAUUACGAUAUCAGCAAGUUAUCAAAAUGGAAACAUCAUCUCACUUGCUUAUCGACCGCCAGAAACCUCACUGGUUGUUUCAUCUAUUGUGUUAGAGAGACCAUCCGAUUGGACAAAAAGGGGUAUGACCACGAAUUCAGACAAUUGGCCACUGCAAUCGGAUUUCCUGGCCACAAGAUCUGUAAAGUCCCCGGAAUCCCUGACGAGAUGAGAUACGAUGAUGAUAUUCUGUUGACUGGUAAUUGGUAA